AUGAACAUCAACGAAGGAGUAAAGAGAGGCGCCGCGUGCAUCUUCAUUGCCAUCUCCUGCGCCGCGAUUGCCGUAUCCGCCCUCGUCAUAUAUGACGUCAUAAAAAUCGGCAAAAGCACCAACGACAAAGCGGAUCUCCUGAAACGCACGACCGCGCAAGCCUCAGGCACCUAUCCAGAAACGCGCCAGUUCAGUCGCGCAACAGAAUCCACAGCUGCGAAAGUGACAAUACCGAAGCGUCCCGAACUCCCACGACAGACAACGAGUGGUGGAGAUCUACUUGAGACGGAGACGGCUGUCACCAAUGGCACAACAGAUAGGGGCGCGACCGGGAUUGGCUCCGCAAAUGGCCUAGUAGAGCGCACCAAGAAAGUUUCGCAUGAAGAUGUGACUAGGCUAUUCUCCAAAGCCGAUGAUCAGACCACCAGCGAAGGGCAUUUCCAGGAGGCCUCGGUCGACAACGUCACAGACAUACAAAACGCUACAGGUUUAAACCGCGAAGUAUUCGUCAGUGCUUCAUCGUUGUCGUAUGGCACCAGUGACACCAACAAGACUUUUUCCGGUGAGACGGAUGCCGGAAUGUCCAGAAACGUCUCCAUCAGCGUUUCGGUGAUUGGUGAGGUUUCAAGUAUAUGCUAA